ACUCUCUAUAAAACUGUCAUCUUGACAGCUUAAUUCACCUAUUUUUCGAGUUGGAGUCGGACAAGGAGAAGUCAUAGAGUUUGAUUAUAUUUUGACAUAGUUUCAGCAUCAGCAAUAAUAAGUCUGAAGAGCAUUUUGAAUGCGAUUGGUGUUGUUCGAAUUUUAGCAAACAAGGAAUCGUUAACGCAGUUUAAAGUUCUCAAAUUUACUCCGAAUGUAACCAGAGAAAAUGGGGAUAUUUACUACGUCUUCUCCGUUCGAUCAAGAUGUUGAGCGCGCCACCAGCGAGAACAACACGAGCGAGGAGUGGGGUUUGAUAAUGGAGAUAUGCGAUCGCGCCGGAGCGUCGUCGGCGAACGCGCGCGACUGCUUGCGCGCCGUGAUGCGCCGGCUGGGGCACGCCGACCCUCACGUGCAGGUACACGCCGCCACGCUGCUGGACGCCUGCGUCGCCAACUGCGGUCGCGCCUUCCUGCUCGAGGUGGCCUCGCGCGACUUCGAGCUCGAAUUUCGCCGCCUGCUUGCGCGCGCUCAGCCGCCCGUGGCGCAGCGGCUGCGGGCGCUGCUGCGCAAGUGGGCCGAGGGCGAGUUCCGCGACGAUCCACAGCUCGACCUCAUUCCCUCGCUGCACGCCAAGCUGGCCGCCGAGGCGGGUGAGCGUCCGGCCGCGUCCGCCGCGCCGCCCGCCUCCGCCGCCGCAGCCGCCGCCGCCGCCCAGCGCGAGCAGGACGAGCUGGCGCGCGCCAUCGCGCUGUCGCUGCGCGAAGCUGGCUCUGCGGGCGCUGCGGGCGCGGCGGGCUCAGCGGGCUCGGCGGGCGCGAUGGGCGGGGCGCUGUACCCACGCGUCGAAGCGGCCGAGGUUUCUCCGGCUCGGAAGGUGCGCGCUCUGUACGAUUUUGAAGCGGCCGAAGACAACGAAUUAACUUUUCUUGCCGGUGAAAUUGUUCACGUGACCGACUGCAGCGACCCCAACUGGUGGAAGGGCCACAACGAGCGCGGCGAGGGACUCUUCCCCGCCAACUUCGUCACCUCCGACCUCAGCGAGCCUCGACCGGAAGAGGAUCGGCGCGCGGGCGGCAAGAGCGUGCAGUUCGCUAGCGGCGAGGAGGAGAGCGGCGCGGGCGCGGGCGCGGGCGAGGAGGAGCCCUGCAUCGACGAGGCGGCCAUGGACGCCGCACUGGCGCUGCUGCACGACGCCGACCCCGCGGCCGCAGAGGACGAGCGCGAGCUGCGCCGCCUGGAGGCGCGCGUGCACGCCAUGGGCCCGCUGGUGGACGCCGCACUCGAGCGCGCCGACCGCCGCCACGCGCGCCUCACGCAGCUCAGCGCCGACCUCGUCGACGCCCUCAACCUCUACCACUCGCUCAUGCGCGAACCGCCCAAGUCGAUGUACGCGCCGUCCGCCUUCCUGCCCCCAGGCGCCCUGCCCCCCGGCGCUCUGCCCCCCGGCGCCCUGCCCCCCGGCGCCCUGCCUCCGGGCGCCAUGCCGCCCGGCGCCCUGCCGCCCGGCGCACUACCACCAGGCGCCCUACCGCCCGGAGCUCUGCCGCCCGGCGCCCUGCCGCACGCGCCCCCCCUGGCGCCGCAUCAGCCGCACCAGCCACCGCCGCCCAGGUGA